GGGCUCUGAGAUGGAGCGGUGGUCCUCGAGGUGGAAGACGAAAAGGUGGCUCUGGGAUUUCACCAUCACGACCUUCGUGUGGAUGAGCCUCUUCCAGAUCCGAGAGGUUAGAGGAGCUGCUACCAUUGAUGUACUAAAAGCUUUAGAUUUCCACAAGUCUCCGGAGGGGAUAUCAAAAACAACAGGCUUUUGCUCAAACAGAAAGAAUUCAAAAGGUUCUGAUACUGCUUAUAGAGUUUCAAAACUAGCACAAAUCAGUGCCCCAACAAAACAGUUAUUUUCAGGAAGAACUUUUCCAGAAGAUUUUUCAAUAUUAUUUACAGUAAAACCCAAGAAAGGAAUUCAGUCUUUUCUUUUAUCUAUAUAUAAUGAGCAUGGUAUUCAACAAAUUGGUGUUGAGGUUGGGAGAUCUCCUGUUUUCUUGUAUGAAGACCACACUGGAAAACCAGCACCAGAAGAUUAUCCACUCUUCAGAUCCGAUAAUCUUGCAGAUGGGAAGUGGCACAGAGUAGCAAUCAGUGUGGAAAAGAAAACGGUAACGAUGAUUGUUGAUUGUAAGAAGAAGACCACAAAAGCACUCGACCGAAGUGAGAGAGCAAUUGUUGACACCAAUGGAAUCACAGUUUUUGGCACCAGGAUUUUGGAUGAAGAAGUUUUUGAGGGAGACAUCCAGCAAUUGCUGAUCACAGGAGACCCCAAAGCUGCCUAUGAUUACUGUGAACAUUAUAGCCCGGACUGUGAUUCCUCAGCACCCAAGGCAGCGCAGGCUCAGGAACCUCAGGUUGAUGAGUAUGCUCCUGAGGAUAUAAUGGAAUAUGACUAUGAAUAUGGGGAAACAGAAUAUAAAGAGGCUGAGAGUAUAACUGAGAGACCCCCUGUAACUGAGGAGACUGUAGCACAAACUGAGGCAAAUAUUGUUGAUGAUUUUCAAGACUACAACUAUGGAACAAUGGGAAGUUACCAAACAGAAACUCCUAGGCGUGUCUCUGGACCAAAUGAGCCAAAUCCAGUUGAAGAGGUAUUUACUGAAGAAUAUAUAACUGGAGAGGAUUAUGAUCCCCAAAGGAAAAAUUCGGAGGAUAUACUAUAUGAAAACAAAGAAAUAGACGGCAGGGACUCUGGUCUACUAGUAGAUGGAGAUUUAGGUGAAUAUGACUUUUAUGAAUAUGAAGAUAAGCCAACAAGUCCUACUAAUGAAGAAUUUGGUCCGGGUGUUCCAGCAGAAACUGAUUUCACAGAAACAAGUAUAAAUGGACAUGGUGCUUAUGGAGAAAAAGGACAAAAAGGAGAGCCAGCAGUAGUAGAACCUGGAAUGCUUGUAGAAGGGCCACCAGGACCAGCAGGACCAGUGGGUCAUAUGGGGCCUCCAGGUUUGCAGGGCCCCACUGGACCACCUGGUGAUCCUGGAGAGAGGGGUCCUCCAGGACGUCCUGGCUUACCUGGGGCUGACGGCUUACCUGGUCCUCCUGGUACCAUGUUAAUGUUACCGUUCCGUUAUGGUGGUGAUGGUUCCAAAGGACCAACCAUUUCUGCACAAGAAGCUCAGGCCCAGGCAAUAUUAGCCCAGGCUAGGAUUGCUCUGAGAGGUCCUCCUGGACCAAUGGGUUUAACUGGAAGACCUGGUCCUGUGGGUGGGCCUGGUUCGUCUGGAGCCAAAGGUGAGAGUGGUGACCCAGGCCCUCAGGGUCCUCGUGGUGUUCAAGGUCCGCCUGGUCUAACUGGAAAACCUGGAAAAAGGGGUCGUCCAGGUGCUGAUGGAGGAAGAGGUAUGCCAGGAGAACCUGGAGCAAAGGGAGAUCGUGGAUUUGAUGGACUUCCAGGUCUGCCAGGUGACAAAGGCCACAGAGGUGAACGUGGUCCCCAAGGACCUCCGGGUCUGCCUGGUGAUGAUGGAAUGAGGGGAGAAGAUGGAGAAAUUGGACCAAGAGGUCUUCCAGGUGAAGCUGGUCCAAGAGGAUUGCUGGGACCCAGGGGAACACCUGGACCCACAGGACAGCCUGGCAUUGCUGGUGUUGAUGGCCCUCCAGGACCAAAAGGGAACAUGGGUCCACAAGGAGAGCCUGGACCUCCAGGGCAGCAGGGGAACCCAGGACCUCAAGGUCUUCCUGGUCCCCAAGGUCCAAUUGGUCCCCCUGGUGAGAAAGGACCACAAGGGAAAUCAGGUCUUGCUGGACUUUCAGGAGCUGAUGGGCCUCCUGGUCAUCCUGGAAAAGAGGGACAGUCUGGAGAAAAGGGUGCCGUGGGUCCUCCUGGUCCACAAGGACCUAUUGGCUACCCUGGACCCCGAGGAGUAAAGGGAGCAGAUGGUGUCAGAGGUCUCAAGGGCGCUAAAGGUGAAAAGGGUGAAGAUGGUUUUCCAGGAUUCAAAGGAGACAUGGGUCUUAAAGGUGACAGAGGAGAAGUUGGUCAGUUGGGACCAAGAGGUGAAGACGGUCCUGAAGGCCCGAAAGGUCGGGCAGGACCAACUGGAGACCCUGGUCCUUCCGGUCAAGCAGGAGAGAAGGGAAAGCUUGGUGUUCCAGGAUUACCAGGAUAUCCAGGAAGGCAAGGUCCAAAGGGGUCUACUGGAUUUCCUGGGUUUCCUGGUGCCAAUGGAGAGAAAGGUGCUCGGGGCAUAGCUGGCAAGCCUGGUCCUCGAGGUCAGCGUGGUCCAACGGGUCCUCGAGGUUCAAGAGGUGCCAGAGGACCCACUGGGAAACCUGGGCCAAAGGGUACCUCAGGUGGUGAUGGUCCUCCUGGCCCUCCCGGUGAAAGAGGACCUCAAGGACCUCAGGGUCCUGUUGGAUUCCCUGGACCAAAAGGCCCUCCAGGACCACCUGGGAAGGAUGGACUUCCUGGUCAUCCUGGACAACGUGGAGAAACAGGAUUUCAAGGAAAGACAGGCCCUCCUGGCCCAGGAGGUGUUGUUGGACCACAAGGACCCACUGGUGAAACAGGACCUAUAGGUGAACGUGGACAUCCUGGUCCCCCUGGCCCUCCUGGAGAGCAAGGUCUUCCUGGUGCUGCAGGAAAAGAAGGUGCAAAGGGUGAUCCUGGUCCUCAAGGUGUCUCAGGAAAGGAUGGACCAGCAGGACUUCGUGGUUUCCCAGGCGAAAGAGGACUUCCUGGAGCUCAGGGUGCUGCUGGACUGAAAGGAGGGGAAGGUCCCCAGGGCCCACCAGGUCCAGUUGGUUCACCAGGAGAAAGAGGAUCAGCUGGCACAGCUGGUCCAAUUGGUUUGCCAGGACGUCCAGGACCCCAGGGGCCUCCUGGUCCUGCUGGGGAGAAAGGCGCCCCUGGAGAAAAAGGUCCCCAAGGCCCAGCAGGAAGAGAUGGAAUCCAAGGUCCUGUUGGUCUCCCAGGACCUGCUGGACCAGCUGGUUCUCCUGGAGAAGAUGGAGACAAGGGUGAAAUUGGUGAGCCGGGUCAAAAAGGCAGCAAAGGGGACAAAGGAGAAAAUGGUCCCCCUGGUCCUCCAGGUCUUCAAGGACCCGUUGGUGCCCCUGGAAUUGCUGGAGGUGAUGGCGAGCCAGGUCCCAGAGGUCAGCAGGGGAUGUUUGGACAGAAAGGAGAUGAGGGUGCCAGAGGGUUCCCAGGACCACCUGGCCCCGUUGGUCUUCAGGGUCUACCAGGACCACCUGGUGAAAAAGGUGAAAAUGGAGAUGUUGGUCCUAUGGGUCCACCUGGUCCACCAGGCCCUAGAGGUCCUCAAGGUCCCAAUGGAGCUGAUGGACCACAAGGACCACCAGGAUCCAUUGGCUCAGUGGGAGGUGUUGGAGAAAAGGGUGAACCUGGAGAAGCUGGAAACCCAGGACCUCCCGGAGAAGCAGGCACUGGUGGUCCCAAAGGAGAAAGAGGAGAGAAAGGAGAAGCUGGUCCACCUGGUGCUGCUGGACCACCUGGUGCUAAAGGACCACCAGGGGAUGAUGGCCCCAAGGGAAACCCUGGUCCUGUUGGUUUUCCUGGAGAUCCCGGUCCUCCUGGUGAGCCUGGCCCUUCAGGUCAAGAUGGAGUUGGUGGUGAUAAAGGAGAUGAUGGAGAUCCUGGCCAGCCUGGUCCUCCUGGCCCAUCUGGUGAGGCUGGCCCACCAGGUCCUCCUGGGAAAAGAGGUCCACCUGGAGCUACAGGUCCAGAGGGAAGACAAGGUGAAAAGGGUGCUAAGGGUGAAGCAGGUGCUGAAGGUCCAGCAGGAAAAACUGGCCCAGUUGGUCCUCAGGGGCCUGCAGGAAAACCAGGUCCAGAAGGACUUCGCGGCAUUCCUGGUCCUGUGGGAGAACAAGGUCUCCCUGGAGCUGCAGGCCAAGAUGGACCACCUGGUCCUAUGGGCCCACCUGGCUUACCUGGUCUCAAAGGUGACCCUGGAUUCAAGGGUGAUAAGGGACAUCCUGGUUUAAUUGGCUUGAUUGGUCCUCCUGGAGAGCAAGGUGAAAAGGGUGACAGAGGACUUCCUGGAACCCAAGGAUCUCCAGGAGCAAAAGGAGAUGGGGGAAUUCCAGGACCUGCUGGUCCCAUAGGUCCACCUGGUCCCCCAGGAUUACCAGGUCCUCAAGGUCCAAAGGGUAACAAAGGUUCUUCUGGACCUGCUGGCCAGAAGGGUGAUGGUGGCAUUCCAGGGCCCCCAGGACCUCCUGGUCCCCCUGGUGAAGUCAUUCAGCCUUUACCCAUUUUGUCACCGAAAAAAACAAGAAGACAUACUGAAAGCUUGCAAGCAGAUGCAAGUGAUAAUAUUCUUGAUUACUCAGAUGGAAUGGAGGAAAUAUUUGGUUCUCUUGAUUCCCUGAAACAAGAUAUUCAGCAUAUGAAAUUUCCAAUGGGUACUCAGAACAACCCAGCUCGGACUUGCAAAGAUCUGCAGCUCAGCCACCCUGACUUCCCAGAUGGUGAAUAUUGGAUUGAUCCUAAUCAAGGUUGCUCAGGAGAUUCCUUCAAAGUUUACUGUAAUUUCACAUCUGGUGGUGAGACUUGUAUCUAUCCAGAUAAAAAAUCUGAAGGAGUAAGAAUCUCCUCAUGGCCAAAAGAGAAACCAGGAAGCUGGUUUAGUGAAUUUAAAAGAGGAAAACUGCUUUCAUACUUGGAUGUUGAAGGCAAUUCUAUUAAUAUGGUGCAAAUGACAUUUCUAAAACUUCUGACUGCCUCUGCAAGGCAAAAUUUCACCUAUAACUGUCAUCAGUCAGCAGCCUGGUAUGAUGUGUUAACAGGAAGUUAUGACAAAGCACUUAGAUUUCUGGGAUCAAAUGAUGAAGAGAUAUCCUAUGAUAACAGCCCUUACAUCAAAGCACUAUAUGAUGGCUGUGCAUCCAGAAAAGGCUAUGAAAAAACUGUGAUUGAAAUAAGAACACCGAAAAUUGAUCAAGUACCUAUAGUUGAUAUAAUGAUCAAUGAUUUUGGUGAUCAGAAUCAAAAGUUUGGAUUUGAAGUUGGUGCGGUUUGUUUUCUUGGAUAAGAUUAUGACAAAGAACCUAUGAAAUCAGCAGAAAAUAUACUUUGGUGCCACCAGUCCAUUUUAUGCCACAUGCAAGUUUUGAGUAAGAAUGGUAUAUAAAACAACUUACUUCAUAUACAUGUACUUAU